GCCAAAGCGGGCCUCCCUGAGGAGGAGCCAACGGGGAGACCGCGAAGGGGGGUUUCCGAGCCAGUCCUCUCCUCUCACAGACACACAGAGAGAGGCAGGACCAGGAGAGGCGGCUGUUCCCUCCAAAGCGCCCAGCCUUGGUUCUGCGGCGGGAUGCGGGGCGGCUUCCCACUCGGAGCAACUCGGGAUGAAGUGAGGACUGAGGGCUGGAAGGGAGCCCUCGCUUCGCCGUCUCUUUGUUCCUCGCAGUAAGAGUCGCUUCAGCCUUCUUCUCCUUCCUUCCUUGGCUCGUUCGCCUCCUCCCCGGUCUCCCCUGCCUGGGAGAAACUCUCUCGCUCAGCCCGAGCCACUCUGUCCCUAUUGUUCCUGAGAGAGGAUUUAUUCUCCUUGCAGCGGCUUUGAACGACGACAGCAGGUUGCAUUUCAGUCUUGGCUGAGAUGCCAGAUAAAACACCAGAGGGUAAAGAAACCUUGUCCCGGAAUGAAGAUGGCUUCCAUUUGCCCCUUGAAGUGUUGCCUCCUGUGAUGGUGGGCACAAUUCCCAAGAUAACAGGGGAAAACCUACACGGAGAAAACAGGCGCUUCCACUACUGUGGGAUCAAGAGCAUGGAACUGUCAGACAGUGACCGCCCUGUUAGCUUCAGCUCUACAUCAUCCUCCGCAUCCUCCAGAGAUAGCCACUGCUCCUUUGGCAGCAGAACAACCUUGGUUUCAAACAGUCACCUGGGCUUAUUCAACCAAGAUAAGGAAGCAGGGGCCAUAAAACUGGAACUGAGACCAGCCCAGCGAUUAUGCAGCAAAGAACUCAGAAAGAACAGCCCUAUCAAAGAACAACAGGCCUCUGAUGGAAGUCUUGGGAGAAGGCCAAGCAUGCCACGGAAAGCUGAAUUAAAGGAAAGUAGCAAAAAUUGUGUCAUGUCCUUGAUUACGGAGCCUACUAGUCCAAAGCUUCUGUAUGUGGACAGAGUGGUCCAAGAAAUCCUGGAGACUGAGCGGACAUAUGUGCAGGAUUUAAAAAGCAUUGUGAAGGAUUACCUUGAGUGUAUAACUGACCAAUCCAAGCUUUCUUUGGGGACAGAGGAACGAUCAGCAUUGUUUGGAAACAUAAAAGAUAUCUAUCAUUUCAAUAGUGAACUUUUGCAAGACUUGGAAAACUGUGAAAAUGACCCAGUAGCUAUAGCAGAAUGUUUUGUAUCUAAGAGUGAAGAUUUCCAUAUAUACACUCAGUAUUGCACCAAUUAUCCAAGGUCAGUGGCUGUACUAACAGAAUGCAUGAGGAACAAGUCUCUGGCCAAGUUCUUCAGAGAGAGACAAGAGGCAUUACAACAUUCCCUGCCAUUAGGAUCCUAUCUCUUAAAACCAGUCCAGAGAAUACUCAAGUAUCACCUACUUUUACAUGAGAUAGAAAACCAUCUUGAUAAGGACACUGAAGGUUAUGAUGUGGUAUUGGAUGCCAUAGAUACAAUGCAGAGAGUGGCAUGGCAUAUUAAUGAUAUGAAAAGGAAACAUGAACAUGCUAUCCGUCUACAGGAGAUUCAAAGCUUACUGACUAACUGGAAAGGACCAGACCUUGCAAGUUAUGGGGAGUUGGUGCUAGAAGGAACAUUCCGCAUCCAGAGAGCCAAAAAUGAACGCACUUUGUUCCUCUUUGACAAAUUGCUUCUUAUUACUAAGAAGAGAGAAGAAAUGUUUGCUUACAAAGCUCAUAUUUUGUGCGGCAAUCUCAUGCUGGUGGAGGUGAUACCAAAAGAACCCCUUAGCUUUAGUGUUUUCCACUACAAAAAUCCCAAGAUGCAGCAUACUGUUCAGGCUAAAUCACAACAAGAGAAGCGCCUCUGGAUUCUUCAUCUGAAGAGAUUAAUUCUAGAAAACCACCCUGCCAAAAUCCCAGCCAAGGCCAAGCAAGCAAUUCUUGAAAUGGAUGCCAUGCAUCACCCAGGAUUCCAUUAUACUACAGAAGGAGAGUUGAAAGCAUCAAGCAAUUCUAAAGAAGGUGUGACCCAGCAGAGAGUGAGACGGAAGUCAGAACCUUCGUCCAGAUCGCAUAAAAUUAUAAAAUCAAGUGAAAUGGAUGCAGGCAUCCAAAAGCGGAUCAGCAUUGAAGAAGCCCUGUUGUCUCAGGCUGAAGCCCUCCUUAGUCCCAGGAAAAAGAUUUCAUUGAAUCACAAAGCACUGGAUUGCAAAGAGGCAGCCUACAGCAGCGAUCAGGAGGAUAAUGCUCUUGCCAUUACUGCGGAUCAGACUGAUGCUGAUGAUGAGGAAGAGACUGAACAGUUCAUGCAGCAAAAUUCACAACAGAAACAAAAAGGAGGCCGCAAAAGAUUAAACAGUCAUGUUGCUGAAAAUUUUGAGAAACGAAGAAGUGUUAAUCUCAGUAAAUCUGAUACCCAGAACUCCCAAGAAUCUGCAGACGAAGCCUCUUCCCAGGUGAAAGCAAAGUUCCCAUUCUCCCGUCGGGGAGAUAAUCAAUCAUCCCAACAGCUGACACCACAAACAAAUUCACUCAUGGCAAAUAUCUUUGGGAAAGCAUCUGCAGUGAGAAAUAUAUGGACGGACCACCAGAUUCGGCAGGCCUUGUUUCCAAGCAGACACCCUCUGCAAGAGAAUCUGGAGGAUGAAGAUGAUUAUCAGAUGUUUGUACCAUCUGAGUCUACAUCCAAUUUAGCUUCCAUCUCAUGUGAAGAAAGGAUCUCUUCAGGGCGCCCCUGCAGCUGGCAUGUAGGACUAAGCCACACAAGUGAUAUAUCCAGUUCUGUUUCUCACAGGGUUGUGAGACGGGCCAGCAGUGCUGGUGAAAGUAAAACUUCUCCAUCUUCUUCAAGAUAUAGGAAAAGUGACCUUGGUCGAAAUACUUCGUGGCAUGAAAUGAAAAGUUCUAGAAGUGACAUGGAUAAUCUGCAAGUGUACCCUGAAUCUUCAGAAGAGCUGACUAUUGAUGACAUAGAUCAUGUCUAUGACAAUAUAAGUUUUGAAGAUUUGAAACUAAUGGGCCUGGUUCGGAGGGAGGAGUCUGACCGUGUUCCACAAGGAUCAGCUAAAGAUUCGCUUUAUGAGACACAAGAUGAAGAAAUUACUUUCAUGAAAAGACACACACUUCAACACAAAACCUCCAUUCCUACUAAGAGAGAUGCAACAAUUCCCAGGAAGGACACUCCACCUGUAAGCUCUCAUGAUCUAAGGAUCAGUGAGGAGAAUGUUUAUGAUACCAUAGUCCUCCCAGAGCCAUCUCUGCUGGAUUUCAAAUGCAAUCGUUUGAAAUGCUCCAAAAAGCGGGGCUUUCUGGGUCUGGAAACAGAUUUUGCAUGCUGUGACCAUCUCCAAAAAUUUGUUUCUGAAGAAAGCCUCCAUUUCAGUGAAGAUGAAAACCCGUAUCAUUAUGUUCCUUUAGAUCGUGACUAUUUGAGUUUGUUAGAUAGCUCCUCAAACUCAGAUUCCCACUCUCACAAGUCUGUCGCAGAUAAAUUAUCAGAAGAAGUAGAUGAAAUCUGGAACGACCUGGAGAAUUAUAUCAAGAAAAAUGAAGAAAAGACACGGGAUCAUGUCCUUGCAGCCUUUCCUGUCUGCAAAGAUGACAUUGAUAACACUUCCAUUGGAACUACUUGUAAAAUAAAUAAAGAUGGGGAAAAUUCUCUGUCAGAAACACCUGUUUUCCCAAAAACAUUGCCUAUCAAGGUAGCCAGGUUAAGUGAUCCCAGUCUUGGGCCUGAAGAGGCAGCAUCACGUAAAGCAAACUCACGAAUGAGUCUGAAUAGAUCUUCAGUCUCUGAGAUAGCUUUUGUAGAUAGCCUUUAUGAAACGGCCAAUAGCUUUCUUUGUGGUGCAAAUGUCGAGAAUGUUGACAAUGAAAUGGAUGCUGCAGAUAAAACAAAAAACCGGGUCAUCGUGAUGGCAAGACAAUACAGCCAAAAAAUUAAAAAGGCAAAUCAGCUUCUGAAAGUAAAAAGCCCAGAACAAGAGCAAUUUCUGAAAUCAAAACAUAAAGACUUAGCAGCCAUUUUGGAAGAGAAUAAGCAAGGUGGUCCUGCCAUUGGUGCCAGAAUUGCUGAGUAUUCCCAGCUCUAUGAUCAGAUUGUUUUCCGUGAAACAUCACCCAAAACACAGAAGAUCAAUUCUCAGGAACCAUCAACUGUUUGGUAUUCUUCGCCUGUGGCAACAUCUCAGUUAGGUGCUGAACACAUAAGAUCAGAAGACUGGCUUUUACACUCCAUGUACAGUAAUGGAGAGCUCUCUGAUUUUUCUCCUUGGCUGGAAGACCCUCAGCUGAACUCCAAAACCUCUCCUUCCAAAACGAACUCCCCAAAACAGAGCAGGAGGCAUUUGCCAACCGCCUGUUCAGUGCCUUCGCUUCAGACUCCUGGACACCUCAGUGUUCCUAUACAAAGAUGGAGCGCUAUUAUUAGCCAGCCUAACAAAGAGAACUUGCACCACAGUCAUAUUUAUAACUCUUUGGGGAGGAGAGAAAGCAGCACCAAGUUGCAAAUGUACAACAGGUCACAGUCAUCAUCUUCAAUUGUGUUCUCGAAGUCUGGGGACUCCAUAAAUUAUCUGACUGAGAUGGAGAAGAAACAGCUGCAUUCAAGCAGUAACUCUCUUUCUGACCACCAGCAAGAAUCUGUUUCAGGUGCUGCUGCAAGACUUACCUCGUGUGAUGGGACAAAACAGACCCAUGAAAAUUUUCCAGAAAUGAUUCUGCAGGACUCCCAAAAAGUUCUAAGGGUUAAUAAAAACUUGCUCUCAAAUGCACAAAUAGCCAGACAGAACUAUUUUUCUAACUUCAAAGACACUGAUGAUGGGGAAGGGGAUGAUGAUGACUAUGUUGAAAUCAAAUCAGAAGAUGAAGGAUCUGAUCUAGAGAUGUUCCAGAACCAAACAAAACUUUCAGAUCCAAAGAUAAAUCCAUACUCUUCUCAUUCAGAAACUCAAAGUGGCAAAAAUACAUCCCAACCGCCCACUAAACCAUCAGACUGUGUCUUGAACACAUGUGAUGACUCAGAUAAAUUGAAUGAUUACCUAUGGAGAGUGCCAUCUCCAAAUCAGCAAAACAUUGUUCAGUCUUUACGGGAAAAAUUUCAAUGUCUGAGCUCAAGUAGUUUCGCUUGAUUUUUUUAAAAAAACAUAUUGUUUUGCCUUAAUGCUGACAGCCAGUACUUUGAAAAGCAUAUUGUAUUGUAUGUUGUUGCUUUUAAUGACGAUCUUCUAGAAAAGUUAGCUGUUUUUGUGCUGACAGGUAGCUGAAUGGCUUUGUUUUGCAGGCAGAUGUCUGGCUUUUCUUUGCGUACAUUUUGGUCAGUCGAUGGGCCAGACUUUUACAUUUUUUUUAAUGGGGUAUUAUGAUCUAUGGUGCAAAAUGUUCCAUGAAUAACUAGUGGCAGUUGCAUAAAAUAUUCUCAGGAUUAAUUUCUUUAAAACCAUGCUGUUUAUAUUUCUAUAAACAGUGUAAAACAGGAUCUUAUUAGUAUGCUGCCAUUUGGCACCACUAGUGUUAGGAUCGUCUUCUCAUGUUUUAGCAGUUGGCCAAAUGGCUCUGAAAAGUAUGUGUAUUUGGUACAGACCAAAUGGGAAAUUAUGGGAUCAACCAGGAAAAAAAAUUGAAAAGCAACCUUUUUGUUUGAUUCAAGCUUUUGAGAAGAGUUGAUAUAUCCUGUUUGAGAAAAUGACUUGCAGGCAUUGAUAACACCUAGAAUUUAAUAAGCAGAAUUCAGAAAGAUUUCUGGUCACGUAGUUUUUAAAAAGAAUUUUAAUCAUUAUGCUAAAUACAUUCCAUUUGUUCGCUUUUGAGAUCUUACAUCUCCCAUUUAUACAUGGAUAUAUAUACUCAGUAAUUUUUUUUUAGAUGUUCAGUAUUCCUGAGUACUGGAGGUGGAAAGAAACCACCAACAAUUUGGAGGGGGGGGGGUGGCUCACUCUGUACUCUGUAAAUAUUGUCCUCCCCUAAAGGUGGUCCAAUUGACAAGGGAUAUCCAUCUCUGGAGAGGGAACACUAUGUUUACUCAUACCUCCUUCCACAGCACCCUUCACACUGGUGCCAAUCAACAUGUUGUCUAGGGGAAGUUUCUAGCACAUACGCUAUCAAAGGGACAGAGCAAGCUUCUGUGAUCUCAAUAGCUUCUUCAUGCACUUGAUCUCCAUGGUGCCAAGGAACAGAAAAUUGUUGAUGUACUCAUCUGCACAGUUUAACCCAAAUGGUUCAAUAGGGAUUCUUCUAAGGUGCAAUGUCAUCCCUGCUACAUAGUUUUGCCUUGUGUUACUUGAAACAAUAGCAUGUCUAACAUAACACUGUAUAGCUAUCCAGUUUUCAGAUGAACUAUGCUCAUGUUGAUCCAGAAGUACACUGAAACACAAAGCUCAACCCGCCUAUGUUUUCACUUGCCUACAGUUGCUUUUAUAAAUGGUUUUAACACAAACCUCUAACUAACAGGCAUAUAAUCCAUUGUACUGAAAGAAAUAUUUAAGAAUUCAUAGCUGCUGAGUAACUGUGCAUACUGCAAAAGCAUUUGUUUCUUUCUGUUAUGCCAUGAACUCUACAUUUCCUAUGUGCAAGUGGUUACACUAAAGGAGCUGACAGAAAUUCAACCUGUGUCUAGUAAAAUUGAUAAGGAAUAUGCAAGUGUAUAUGAAAUGAGGAAAUACCAUUUUUUAUUUAAUAAAAUGUGUACAGUCAUGUAAAUAUUAGUAAUUUGAGUGCAGUAACAAUAGGGACAGUUGGUUUCUUUGUACUGGUAGCAAAAUAUUAGUUAUUCUGGUAAAAGAGAAUUUUAAUCUACAGAGACCAGUGGAAUACAGUUAUUAACAUGUAAUGAUGUAAUAAUACAAUAUCAGAUGAAUAUUUUGGUACGUUUAGCCUUGCUAAGGAAGGAGCUAAAAUUGACAAGCAACUAAGCCUAGGAAAUUAUUCUGAUACAAUAAAAGGGAAUAACAAUUUUCAAAGGUUGUGGGAAAAGUAUCAUAAAGAGAAACACACCUUGUAUCUAGCCUAUGCAUAAUCUCUGUUUCUGUCAUCUUCGAUUACAAUUUGCCCCCACACUGUCCCCAAAAAACCUACAACCAGUUACAAAGAAAACUACAGAUAACUAAAAGAAAAACAAGAACAAAUCUAGAUCUUAUUAAAUAUGAAGCCAAAUAGCAAAAGAAUGUUAGCAUUCCUUGGGCUUGAUGUUUACAUAUGCACUUGGUAAAUAAACAGUUGGAGAAUCUAUUUAAAAAAACAUUACAAUUAUUUUAUGACUAUUUGCUCUCCAUGUACUCUGUAUUCUAGAAAGACAAACUGACCUGGCACACAGCUUUCUCAAAGUAAAAUUUAUUAUUACUUUCUAAAAGUUCAACAUCCCUCUGCCCCCACCAGUGAAUUGAACAGAAUCUAAAUUGUCUUUUGAUACAGAAGGACUUUGUAUCAGUGGAUUCUGAUUCCAUAGAUGCAACCAGCCACAGCUUGAAAAUAUUGUAAAACAUCUAAAAAAACAAGGCCUGGUUUUGCCAUUUUAUUUAAGGGAUACUAUUUUACUACACCGUUGUAUAUAAUGGGACUUGAGUACCCAUGGAUUUUGGUAUCAGGGGAUGGGUGUGUUUGUAUCCUGGAACCAAAUGCUAGCAGAUACUAAACAUCCACUGUACAUAUAUCUUGGGUUUUGGAGCUUUUUAAGGCUACAACCGUCAUAAUAAGUAAAUUUGACAUUUUAAAAACUUUUUUGAAUGCUCCUCAGCACAUUAUUACAUUCACAGCAGUGGGCAGCAUAAAAAGGAUAAAACGAGGGCACAACAAGGAAAGAACAGCUAACAUUAGAGUAAUUGUCAGAAAAUAAAGCUGCAAUAGAGAGAAUGUUAUGAAGCACACUGCAAUAGCAUUCCUUUUGUUACCCUGUUACUUGUUUUCAUGGUGUGUCUUUUCCUUUGAAGAUUUAUGUUUUCCCUUUGUAACUUUUUAUCGACAACAUUUGAAACAAAGCUUAUCUGAACCAUGAAUUCAUCGUAUUACAUCCAUAUCUAUUGAUAGUACAUGCACUGCAGUAUUGUACAGGGGUCAAAAUUAAGUCACUGAUCCAGAAUGGAUUCACAUUGUGUCUUCCCUGAUUUAUACAUGUUAGCAAUUUAUUCUAUUAGUAAGAGACAGAAUCUCUAUGUUGCACUUUUUCAUGACUCACUUUUUAAGGAAUAUGUAAAAUGUAUGUACAUGUAGAACUCUUCUUAAGUAAAGCUUUCCCCCCCCCCAUUUUGUUAUGCUUAAAAGCAGAGUUUAAGGCAUAGCAGAUGUUAAGAAAUCUGUACAUACUGCUUAGGAAUAAAUAUUAAUUUUUUGCAACAAAAAUGUGCAAAUUGCUAUAUCUUUUAAAGGAGUAACAUCAGAAGGAUUUACUGUGGUGUGGUGUAUAUUUUUUCUCAUUACUAGAUUAGUUUCAAGGUUUGGCUCUGGCUCAGUGAACAUAUUAACAACUUAACUAUUUGGAUUCAAAACAAGACAGUAGGCUGGAUCCAAAUUUCCCUUUCUGGAUGGUAGAGAGAAAGACCAAUAUUCAGUAAAGCACCUACUGAUCAGUCAGUUUAUAAUAUAAUAACAUUUAAUUUAUAUUCUGCCCUAUCUCCCCAAGGGGACUCAGGGCAGAUCACAGUACGCAUACAUGGCAAACAUUCAAUGCUGUUUGGACAGACAGAGCAGAACAGACAGAAAGGAGGUAUGUUGUGUUUGAAGUCCAGCUUCGGUGACUUGGAGUCUGUGCUUGGAUUCAGACACAGGGGGCGCUGUUGCUCCAUUCUCUAUGAUGAAGAACCCUCAAGACUUCCUCCUUUCAUUUGAUCACUGGCAUUUUAUGGUGUCAUAAAAUACCACCCCCGCUAAACUCCUUACAGAAGAAAGUUAUAGAACAUAAUUGCAAUGGAUUUAUAAUUACAUGUAGGAGUGGUGUGAUGAAAACAAAUCGAAUUGUAUUUCAUUUUUUGACAUAUUAUAUUUACAAACUUGUAGCUCAGGAAAAUGAUGGAAUAUGUGGUAGUCUUGAUUUCAGUAAGACUGUUGACAAAGCAUAUAACUUUUGCCAGUAACAUGGCAAAACAUGGUUUAGACACGUUGAUUGAAAGGUUGAUUUUUAACAAUUUGACAGACCAGACCCAAAAUGUGGUCACCAAAGCUUCUUUAUUAUCAUGAUGAAGAGUACUGAUUAUUUGGGUGCCCCAAGAUUCUGCCUGAGUCCAGUGUUUUUCAACAUCUUUAUACGAGGGUUUUCCAGAAAGUAGAUUACGUUCUGGAAUUAAAAAUGAACAAAGUAUAGGAGAAAACAUUUACCAUAUGCUGUUGAAAGCCACACCCAAAUACCACUUCUCAACAUAGUCGCCAUGCAAAUCUAGGCACUUAUCAUAGCGAUGAAUGAGCUUGGAAACUCCUUCCACACUAAAUUCUGCCACCCCCGUUCUCAACAGUGUGCGACCCGCUGUGUGGGACCGGGCGUCCCCAUGAAACUGCAAAAUCCCCACGCUAUUGCAACGCUGAAACAUAGCCAGGCUGAACAAUGAAUGCACCAGGAAGAGAGGAGCAAAAGCAAGCAAGGAAGAACCCCGCUCUCGCUUCUUUUGCAAGGAAAUCUCAAGAGAGAACCAAAACAUUGCGGCUUCCUUUCCCUUCCUGCCGGCUUAAGGAAAAGGCGCGGGCUUAUCUAAGAAGGCCUGCUCGGCCUGGCUGCUGAGCAAGAUCUGGAAAGCGGCCUGGAGGAGAGCGGCGUAGGCUCCCGAGGAGAAGCAGCCAGGAUCGGCCAGGGCUUGCAAUCGGCCAGGCAAUUAAAGUGAUGUGAAACUGCCUUAAUUCUACCAUGGAGAUGCACCUAUGAUGUUAAAGGAGGUCUGUGGGCAUGAUCCCAUAAGUUCGUACACUGGGUGAUACCAACCCUAAUGAUGUCACUGCUAUGCUAACUAAAAUCAACACUCAUUUGUGCCCCACUUGGCUGCAACUCUGCUGUAGAAUGAAUACUGCUUGACACUACUUGAACUGCCAUGACUCCGUGCUGUGGGAUCAUAACAGAGAAGUUGUUUGGCGAGGCACCAGCACUCUUUGGCAGAAAGAUCUGCUAAAACUGUGACUCCCGUAGUUUUGAGCCACGGCAAUGAAAUUGCAACAUUGUGGGUAAAAUUACCUUCUGGCAAGAAUGCACGGUCAUGUUUAAAUUACACUAUGUAACAUGAUUUUUGUUGCUGGGUUAUAAGUGUCAUUUUUUAAAAUGGUUCUAUCAUAAAAACAUGGAAAAGGUUUAUGAAACUGCAAAUGACCGCUUAUGACUGCUGAUUCCUGUAAGCAAUCAGAGGGACUAUUGUAAAUAUUAGGCUUGAGCAAAUUUUUCGUUAGUUCGUUAAAUUCGUUAAAAAUUCAUUUCGUAAGUACUUUUGAAUUGACAUUUGAAACAUCUGCUCACUGCCUUACAAAUAUUACGAAUUUGAAUAAUAAAAGUACCUUUUUUCGUUUGUU